AUGGAUUCAAACAAAACUAUUAAAAACUAUUUUAAUAUGGGACUCGAUUAUUCGGAAAUCUUGGAAUUUUUACACAAAAAUGAUGAACUUGGUGCCUCAUCAUGUAGAUAUUUAGGUGACAUUGAUCCCCACAAUUAUCGCUGUCAUAAAGAUGCAGUGAAGUUAAAAAAAAUACCAUUAGCGUGCACAGCUUUAGUUUUUGAUGGAAUAACUUGUAAUGAUGAAUUUGUAAUUUAUCCUUCCUACGAUAAAACGGAUAUAGACCUCAUAAAACAACUUGUAGAAUUUAGCCCUAAUGUGUAUUUAUUUUAUGGUCAUGAUCACUUACAAUCUUGGUUUGAGGCGGUUGAUCCUAGAAAAACUGUAGUUGAGGCUCAAAAAGUGAAAGAAUUUGUAGCCGAAUAUCCUGUUGCGGGAUUGAUUCUGAAAGGAAUAAAUCCAGAUUAUCACGUUCCUAACGACUUUUACGUAAAAUUAAAAGCUUAUGUCGAGACAAUGAAAAUUGAAAUUCCCAAUUUGAAAAUUGGGCUGUAUCUAGAAGCACUAAGUAUGAUGUUUUUUAGUAAAGAUCCAAAAUCUCCAGAUUGGUUUGAUUUCACUGUAUUAAACAAAGUUAUGGAUAACUAUAUAAUUGGAUUUGAUAGAUUUAAUGAAUGCACUUUUUAUUUAUUAAAUGGUGGAGUUGUACCUUUGAAUUCAACAGAUCCAAGCAUUAACACCUUAACUAAAUUCAAAGCUGCUUUUGACGGAUCAAGCAUUGCAAGGGAUAAAGUUUAUUUCGAAUUUUCAAUAAAUCCUUCAGUAAUAAAGAAAUUUGAAAAAUAUUUUAUACCAUGUGAAGUAUCAUAUAAUGAGUAUUGUGAAAAUCAUGGUGUAUAUAAGGACCGCAUGUGUGUCGAUAAUCAGGACACAUUCUUCGAAAAAGGUAAAUUUACUAAAGAAAAUUCAAAGGGAUUCAUAGCAAAGUUUAUAGAUUUAGUUGAUCGCGAUCUAAAAUGUGAAUGUAAUGAUAAGUAUAUAACGUUUACCAUGUUGUUAAAUGGUUAUAAUAAUUUGGAAAAGUUAACUUGUGCUAAAUUAAGUGGCAUCUGAAUAAUUGAAUAAUUUAUUGUUGUCCAAUACUAU